AUCGCCGCGAGCCCGCGCGCAGCAGCCCGCGCGGCGGCGCCGGAGACCGCGGGCCCGGGCGCCGCCCCCUCAGGUGAGGGCUUCGUCUGCCAUCCUUCGCGCCUUCCCUGCGCGGCCCCUGGUUCUUCUUCCUCCUCCUCUGGUUGCCCAGAUAGCGCUGCGCGGGCCCCGCCGCCUUCUCUGCCCACCGGACCCCGAGGAGCCAACAUGUUGGUGAUACCUCCCGGCCUGAGCGAAGAGGAAGAGGCACUGCAGAAGAAAUUCAACAAACUCAAGAAAAAGAAAAAGGCCUUGCUGGCUCUGAAGAAGCAAAGCAGCAGUGGCACAGCAAGCCAGGGCGGUGUCAAACGCUCACUGUCAGAGCAGCCUGUGGUGGACACUGCCACAGCAACAGAACAGGCCAAACAGCUGGUGAAAUCAGGAGCCAUCAGUGCCAUCAAGGCUGAAACUAAGAACUCAGGCUUCAAACGCUCUCGAACCCUAGAGGGGAAGCUGAAGGACCCUGAGAAGGGGCCUGUCCCCACUUUCCAGCCGUUCCAGAGGAGCGUGUCUGCUGAUGAGGACCUGCAGGAGUCAUCCAGACGACCGCAGAGGAAAUCUCUGUAUGAAAGCUUUGUGUCUUCCAGCGAUCGGCUUCGGGAACUGGGACCAGAUGGAGAAGAAGCAGAGGGCCCUGGGGCUGGUGAUGGCCCGCCUCGAGGCUUUGACUGGAGCUACGAGGAACACGGUGGUGCCGGCUCCUCAGCCUCCCCUCCCCGAAGCCGCAGCCGGGACCGAAGUCAUGAGAGAAGCCGAGAUAGGGACCGGGACAAAGACCGGGACAGAGACCGAGACAAAGAAAAAGACCGAGAUCGAGACAGAGACCGGGAUAGAGACAAAGACCGGGAGCGAGACAGAGACCGGGAGCGAGACAGAGACCGGGAGCGAGACAGGGAGCGGGAGCGAGACCGAGAGGGCCCUUUCCGCAGGUCAGACUCGUUCCCAGAGCGGAGGGCCCCUCGGAAGGGGAACACACUGUACGUGUAUGGAGAGGACAUGACCCCCACCCUCCUCCGAGGGGCCUUCGCUCCCUUUGGAAACAUCAUUGACCUCUCCAUGGACCCUCCCAGAAACUGUGCCUUCGUCACCUAUGAAAAGAUGGAGUCUGCAGAUCAGGCUGUUGCUGAGCUGAAUGGGACCCAGGUGGAAUCCGUGCAGCUCAAAGUCAACAUAGCCAGAAAACAGCCCAUGCUGGACGCUGCCACUGGCAAGUCUGUCUGGGGCUCCCUUGCUGUCCAGAACAGCCCCAAGGGUUGCCACCGGGACAAGAGGACCCAGAUUGUGUACAGUGACGAUCUGUAGGAAACCUCUGUGGAUGGCUUCUAGACACGAAGCUGGAUUCCUUGUGCCUCACACGCCCCCAAGCUGGUCUCAGUAAAAUCCUGGGGUAGAAGCUUA